GUCUUGAGCAUCAUGACGAUCGAACAAAUCGUCGACAAGCUCCAAGAGGAAUACUUGCAGCUCUUACCGGAGGCCAUUCCGUUCUUGGGCGAGCUCUGCGAAGAUAUGGAGCCCGAAAUCGAAAACCUCUCCAGGGCGUUGACGAAGAAGCUCUCGAAACUCAGCGGCGAAGACUUG